AUGGAAGUACGCGACCUGCUCCAAACGGCCCUUGUCGGGUCAAUCCAACCCAGCGCACCCCCCAUCGACAACGCGGUCGUGUCUCGUAGUCGGCAGGUGGCCGCAAACUCGGGUGCUCACCAGCCCGACUUGAUUAUCGACGUUCACACACUGCUGAAGAGACCAAUACCGCCAGAUGUAUUUCGCCUACAGUACCUGCACUGCAGGGUUUUGUCUUUUCCAAAUGCCCACUAUUUCGGUCUGCUUCCUCUCCAAGGGGGAAGCGUGCCAGCCGAACAGCGCCAGCCCCUGGCAAUUGUCAACAAGAAGACGUGCAACGAGCUGCACAGAUUACGUGAAGAACACCAGGUCCAUUUCGACGCCACGGCGACUCUGCAGCAGUGUUCCAAAGCCAACAAAGAAUGGAAUAGCAACAUUUCGUCAGGAGUUACGAUUGUGAUCGAUGUCAUCAUUUACGGACCUCGCGAGGUCAAAGAAUCAAUUGGACAGAUUUUGUCCGAGGAAUUUGAGACAUUCCUUCAAGCGCCAUUGUUUCCCCAAGCCCGCCCCGAAGUCCCAUACGAGAAUCCUCAUUUUCUGCCCCUCCGCUUGUCCUCGGCCAAUGACAUUGUGGAAGGCAGAAACAUGCUGGCGAUGCAAGCCGCCGGAGUGAGGUGUCCGACCCAAAGGGAUACUAUGGAUACGUCCGAGGAAGUUGGAUGUAUCCUUGACUCCUUGGAUCAGAUGGCCUGUCUUAGGGAGCGGCGUAUCGACUCGAGAGUAAUAAGAAGUAAUGUCCUUCGACACCAGAAAGUUGCCAUAGACUUUAUCCUGCGGCGCGAGGCGGGAGACUUGUUGAGUGAUCUGCGUCUCUGGCAAAAAGAUUCUGAAGAUGAAGAAUGUUACCAGCAUCGCAUCACGAGAGACACACGCUCGACAGGCCCAGAGCCAAAAGGUGGAAUCAUUGCUGACGAGAUGGGCUUGGGGAAAACGCUCGUGAUCCUGGCCACUAUUGCGGUGACUCUUGCCCAAGCUGGCGACUUUGUGCAAGAAGCGGGCAAAUUGCUUGCACAGAACCCGUCGCAACAGGGCAAGACUGCAUGCCGAGCUACUCUUAUCGUUGCCCCUUCGGCCCUUGUCAUCGCUAGCUGGAUAGAAGAGAUCAACAAACACACAUACAUUGGCUCCAUGACUUUCCACAAGCACCAUGGGACAGGGCGAAACACCGCCGAAUACUCCAAGAGGCUGUACAACUCGGAUAUUGUCCUAACCACGUACGCCACUAUUGCCUCUGAGGCCCGAAGUGACAAAAGCAUCCUCGCCGAUAUUCAUUGGUACCGCAUUGUACUGGAUGAGGCACAUGAUAUUCGAAAUGCUCUUACAAAGCAGUUCAAGGCCAUCACGAAGUUAACCGCCCACCACAGGUGGUGUUUGACAGGCACUCCAAUCCAGAACUCACUCGAAGAUCUCAGCGCACUGGUCCGAUUUCUCCGCGUGCCAAUCAUGGAGAACCCCAAGACAUUUCGCAAAUACAUCACAAGCCAAGCAAGAUCCAGCUCCAACGUGCGGUUUAACGGUCUGCGCACUCUGCUCCGGUGCAUCUGCCUCCGCAGAACACGCAAUAUACUCCAGCUUCCAGAACCUGUAGUUCAGAGGCGUGGUGUCGUGAUGAGCGACUCGGAGAGAGAAAGUUAUCUUGGCAUCUUGAGUGAAGGCAGGAGGCGGCUUGAGAUCGCCGUGUCCGGAAGACGGAAGCACAGCACCAUAAGCACAACGGCUCUGCAGUCAGUGCUCAAGCUUCGCUUGUUUUGCAACAACGGGAUCUUGACGGAAGUUUCCUACAAGAAUGGCAUACCGUUGGAUCCAGACGAAGCGCUCACAUACCUCGAGGCCAGAGGCGAGGCGACCUGUGUGUACUGCUCCAACACGAUUUACUGCAUCAGCUCGGCGCGCGACACCGACGGCGGCAUUCUCAUACCCAGAUGCUCACAUCUGGUGUGCAGGAGCUGUCUGCACCAGUUUAACGCCGAUAAGCGAAAGUGUCCACGCACAGACUGUCGCGCGCCGUCCCCGGAAACUCCUCCAAGUGCUGAACCAAGCCUGGAAGUUUCAGAAGAGGCUGAUAGUACCCCAAAGCCACCUGGCUUAGCCACUGUGAGCCCUUCUACUGCUUGGCCUGUCGAAAAGUAUCCCACCAAGCUUCAAGAGUAUCUUCGCGACAUUCAGCAAACCACUCGUGGCAUAUCCAGGCGCAAAAGCAUCACCUUCUCGGCGUGGAAGAAGACGUUAAAGCUCGUGAGCGACCUCCUCACAAGUCAGGGGAUAAAGCAUCUCUUUAUUCAUGGAUCUCUCUCGUUUUCCGAGAGACAACGGGUGCUGAAGGAAUUCAAGUCACCGCUUGGGGCAGAUGUUCUUCUAAUGACUCUAGGAACUGGCGCAGUAGGCCUCAACCUGGCCGUCGCGGAGUGUGUCUACCUACUAGAACCGCAGUGGAAUCCUGCCAUUGAGGAGCAGGCGAUUGGGCGAGCGCUCAGGAUUGGACAGAACGAGCAAGUCACAAUCAUCCGCUACAUUACGGAGAAGAGCGUCGAGGAUGACCAAGUUCUGGAAAGGCAAAAGCGAAAGUUGCAGCUGAUUGACAAUGGAUUUGUGCAAGAAAGACUGCAAAAUAUCAUGACUCUCUUUGGCGUUGGGUCUGGUAAGGGACAAACUUCGUAG